GUGGCGGGCUGGCGGCAGGAGGCGGGUGGGUCAAGGUAUAUCUGUACUACAGAGUCCCUGAUAGGGGGUUUCGGGGAGCGCUUGGACCCUGGCUUCUGGGACGCGUCAGAAGCCGAAGCCCAAGGAGGAUAAAUGCUGGGGUCGCACUGUGGGUGAGCAGCAGAGUGAUCAUUGGAAGCCAGGUGCUCCCCCUUCACUUCCUUUGUGCCGAGCACGCUCGCCCCCCGGAGUUUCACUAGAAAGAAGGUCGCCAUCGGCCAAGGGAACAGCUUGUACCUCAAGUGCACGCGGAUGCCCCAGAAUCCCAGGAUCUCAGCCGAGCUGUUUGUGGAUUAUUAGAUCUGACUUAAAAGAAUAUUAUCCAGCAAUGCAAAUGAACAAACUAUAACUACACACAGCUGCAUGGACAAAUGUCAGAAACAUGACGUUGAGUGUGAGAAGCCAGAUGCAAACGAGGACUCACUGUGCAAUUCCAUGCAUGUACAGUGGCCAGGAGAAGGGAGCGUUGGCUUUGCUUUCAUCAGGCCAAAGAUGCCUUUCUUUGGGAAUACGUUCAGUCCGAAGAAGACACCUCCUCGGAAGUCGGCAUCUCUCUCCAACCUGCAUUCUUUGGAUCGGUCAGCCCGGGAGGUGGAGCUGGGCUUGGAAUAUGGAUCCCCCACUAUGAACCUGGCAGGGCAAAGCCUGAAGUUUGAAAAUGGCCAGUGGAUAGCAGAGACAGGGGUUAGUGGCGGUGUGGACCGGAGGGAGGUUCAGCGCCUUCGCAGGCGGAACCAGCAGUUGGAGGAAGAGAACAAUCUCUUGCGGCUGAAAGUGGACAUCCUGUUAGACAUGCUUUCGGAGUCCACUGCCGAAUCCCACUUAAUGGAGAAGGAACUGGAUGAACUGAGGAUUAGCCGGAAGAGAAAAUGAACACCCCAGAGACAUUUAUUGGGGAGUAGGAUGUAGCUAAGUGCUUUUUUUUUUUUUUUUUGCCCAGACUAGUGGAUUCGGUCCUGGGAGAGAGUAUCAUAUAAUGGGACCCACAGGCACUGGCACCCUUGGGUUGGCAAUAGAAGGUGACAUGGAAUGGAGAAAACCAAGAUUCCAGAUGGGGACAGUAACUAGAAGGUGCUUCAGAUGCACUGCCUGCAGAUGCCAGUCUGAAAACCAGACCGCAUGGAGGCCUGAGGCUGCUGAUGAGCCUUUGGGUGCUCUCCACACACAAGAUUGCAAACAUACAUGUCCCAGAAUAGCUCUGUUGGGCCCUGUUGGGAGAAGUGGCUGGAGUUCAUUCUCUCACCCCCUUACAUUGGGGUUUGGGGUUUGGCAGCAGUUCUGCAGAGCUCCGUGUUGGGGGUCAUGGAUGAGUGGCUCUCUCAGCUCUUAAAGGCAGGCCUCUCUCCUUGCCUUUAAAGAAUCCUCCUUCCUCACACCUGGCCUCCUCUGGCUUCAGCUUCUCAGCAGCAAGCACCAGCCUUCCACAGCAACACUGUAUUUUUAUGCUACUUUCCUGUUUGCACUACUAUUUUUAUUAAAUGAUGUUAAAUAAUC